AUGGACGCACUAGCUACGCCGUACAACGACACGAGCUUUCGUGAGUAUGUGGCAGAGGGGAGCGCGCCGGCGCUGCCGGAGACGAGGCGCCUGUACCGGCGGCUGCUGGAGCUCGGUGUCAAGCCAGUGUUCCUGACAGGCCGCACCGAGGACCAGAGGGCCAUCACCGUCGCGAACCUCCGCCGGCAGGGCUACACUGGAUGGGAGAAGCUGCUGUUGAAGCCGGCAGCUCAUGUCGCCGGCGGGCUCCAGUUAUCGGCUGUGGCGUACAAGUCCGGCGAGCGUCAGAAGCUGCAGGACGCCGGCUUCAUCAUCGUCGGUAACAUCGGAGACCAGUGGAGUGACAUCUUGGGUGCACCGGAGGGCGCUCGCACCUUCAAGCUGCCUGACCCCAUGUACUACAUCGGCUAGGUCGCCGGCGUCGGUGCCGGUGGCCGUUGCUAACAAGCUGCGAUGAAUAUAGUCACACGUUGUUGAGUUUGUUAGUUCAGCUGUGGCUCCUACGUG